AUGUCUCACGAGGAAGAUCUUAUCGACUACUCUGAUGAGGAGCUUCAGACCACCACAGCACCGGCCACCACUGCUGCGCCUGCCGCCACGAAUGGCGAUACCGACAAGCAGGGCGACUUGACUGUAACCGGCGGCCGUCCCGACAAGAAGGGCAGCUAUGUCGGUAUUCACUCUACCGGUUUCCGCGACUUCCUGCUGAAGGGUGAACUUCUGCGCGCCAUCACCGACUGCGGCUUCGAACAUCCAUCGGAGGUCCAGCAAGUUUGCAUUCCGACUUCCAUUUUGAACGUCGAUGUUCUUUGCCAGGCCAAGUCCGGUCUCGGUAAGACCGCAGUCUUCGUUCUCACCACCCUUCACCAAUUGGAGCCCGUUCCUGGCGAGUGCCAGAUCCUGGUCAUGUGCCAUACCCGUGAACUCGCUUAUCAGAUCAAGAACGAGUACGCCCGUUUCUCUAAGUACUUGCCCGACGUUAAGACUGCGGUGUUCUAUGGUGGUACCCCGAUCCAGAAGGAUGUCGAAAUCUUGUCCAACAAGGAAACCUACCCCAACAUUGUGGUCGCCACUCCCGGUCGUCUGAAUGCGCUGGUCCGUGACAAGAAAUUGUCCCUGCGCAACGUGAAGGCCUUUGUUCUCGACGAGUGUGACAAGAUGCUUGACCAGAUUGACAUGCGCCGUGAUGUCCAGGAAAUCUUCCGUGCAACCCCCGCCGACAAGCAGGUCAUGAUGUUCAGUGCCACCCUUUCCCAGGAGAUUCGUCCUAUCUGCAAGAAGUUCAUGCGCAACCCGCUGGAGGUCUAUGUCGAUGAUGAUACCAAGCUCACCCUCCAUGGCUUGCAACAGUACUACAUCAAGCUUGACGAGAAGGAGAAGAACCGCAAGCUGAAUGAGCUUUUGGACAACCUCGAGUUCAACCAGGUCAUCAUCUUCGUCAAGAGCACGCAGCGUGCCAACGAGCUGGACAAGCUGUUGCGCGAGUGCAACUUCCCCAGUAUCGCAGUCCACUCUGGUGUCAGCCAGGAGGAGCGUAUCAAGCGCUACAAGGAGUUCAAGGAGUUCAACAAGCGUAUCUGUGUUGCCACUGAUGUCUUCGGCCGUGGUAUUGAUAUCGAGCGCAUCAACCUCGCCAUCAACUACGAUCUCCCCGCCGACGCUGACUCUUACCUGCACCGUGUUGGUCGUGCCGGUCGCUUCGGUACCAAGGGUCUUUCUAUCUCCUUCGUCAGCAGUGAGGAGGACGAGAAGGUCCUUAAGGAGAUUGAGAAGCGCUUUGAGGUUGCCCUUCCCGAGUACCCCGAGGCAGGUGUUGACUCCACCACCUACAUGGCUUAG